CGGCAGCUGAGCUGCUGAGAAGCCGCAGUCGUAGGCAGCCCGUCCAACAGCGACGUACGAAAGGGAAAUUUCUUCAGCCGAGGUCCUGAUUCGUUGGAAAAAAGUCUGGAAUCUCUCUGGUUCCUCGUCCGCAGCUUCGUCUGACAUGGCAGGCGGAAACUCUGCCUCCGGUGGCAGGACCGGCGUUAGGGUCGUGGUCGCCGGAGACCGUUUCACCGGUAAAUCGAGCUUGAUUGCAGCGGCGGCGACGGAGUCCUACCCUGAAAACGUCACUCACGUUCUACCUCCCACUCAUCUCCCCGCCGAUUUCUUCCCUGAUCGAGUCCCCAUCACCAUCAUCGAUACUUCUGCCGCCUUGGAGAAUAGAGGGAAGUUAAUUGACGAGCUAAAGAGAGCUGAUGUGGUGGUGUUAACUUACUCUUGUGAUCAAGCAUUGACAUUGAAUCGUCUAAGUAGCUUUUGGCUCGAGGAGCUUCGUCGAUUAGAGGUGAAAGUGCCAAUUAUCGUAGUGGGUUGCAAGCUUGAUUUGCGAGAUGAGAACCAGCCAAUUAGCCUGGAACAUGUCAUGAGACCUGUCAUGCAUGAGUACAGGGAGAUUGAGACCUGCAUAGAGUGCUCUUCCGUUACCCUUAUGCAAGUUCCAGAUGUAUUCUAUUAUGCACAAAAAGCUGUACUUCACCCAACAUCUCCAUUGUUUGACCAAGAAAGUCAGUCUUUGCAACCUCGAUGUCAGAGGGCACUUAAAAGGAUAUUUCUCCUUUGUGACCGUGACAUGGAUGGCGCACUCAAUGAUUCAGAAUUAAACGAAUUUCAGGUUAAAUGUUUCAAUGCUCCACUGCAGCCUGCUGAAAUAGUGGGUGUGCGAAGAGUUGUACAAGAGAAGAAGAGGAAUGGAGUUAACGACCUGGGUCUUACACUCGAAGGCUUCUUAUUUCUACAUUUUCUUUUCAUAGAUAAAGGCCGCCAUGAAACAACCUGGGCUGUCUUGAGAAGGUUUGGCUAUGGUGAUAAUUUAGAACUCAGAGAUGAUGGUCUCCCAGUUCCGACUAAGCAUGCUGUUGAUCAGAGUAUUGAGCUAAAAACAGAAGCACUUGACUUUCUACGUGGGACCUUCCGCUUGUUUGAUAUUGACAAUCAUGGAGCCCUGAGGCGAACUGAGCUUGAAGAGCUAUUUUCAACUGCUCCUGAAAGUCCUUGGAAUGAGGCUCCUUAUAAGGGUGCAGCAGAAACAACUUCCCAAGGAAAUUUAACUCUCAAGGGAUUCUUAUCUGAGUGGGCCCUUAUGACACUGAUAGAUCCGAGGCGCAGUUUGGCUAAUUUAAUAUAUAUUGGAUACAAUGGGAAUCCUGCUUCAAUUCUCCGUGUUACUAGACGAAAAUCUAUUGACCGUAAGAAGCAACGCAGUGAAAGAAGUGUUUUCAACUGUUUGGUCUUUGGUCCAGAGAAUGCUGGAAAAUCUUCCAUGUUGAAUGCUUUGCUUGGAAGAUCAUUUUCAGGAGGUCACAACCCAGCCGGUGAGAGAUAUGCAGCAAAUGUUGUUGAUCAGCUUGGGGGUAACAAGAAGACUCUCAUCUUGCGAGAGGUACCUGAAGACGGAGUGAAAAUUUUGCUAUCAAAUAAGGAAUGUCUGGCAGCUUGUGAUGUUGCAGUGUUUGUUUAUGACAUUUCAGAUGAAUAUUCAUGGAAAAGAACAAGGGAUCUGCUAGUAGAAGUAGCUAGGCAAGGAGAAGAAACUGGUUAUGGGGUGCCUUGUCUCCUAGUAGCUGCUAAGGGCGAUUUGGUUCCAUACCCCAUGGCACUUCAGGAUUCACUGAAGGUUUGUCGCGAGUUGGGAAUAGAGGCUCCUGCUGCAGUGAGCAUGAAGACCGGAGAUCUGAAUGACUUAUUUGGGAGAAUUAUUGGUGCAGGUGAAUCUCCUCAUCUCAACAUUCCUGAAACUGAGACUGGGAGGAAACGCAAGAGCUUCCGUCGCCUCGUCAAUAACUCCCUACUCUUCGUCUCAGUUGGGGCGGCUUUUGCAGUUGUUGGCAUGACAGUGUUUCGUACUUACAAUGCGAGAAGGAAUUCUAAUUAGGGGUUCGCUCAACUGAAGUCAGUUAGCACCAAGCCACAAUUGAAGGGGAUCUGCCCAAUUUUGCAAGCAGUUGAACUUUAAAUACCUCAAAGGAUUGAAAAUCCCCCACGCCCUAUGUAAAUAAUGGUAUUGCACCGAUUCUUUUUUCGUUCCCACAUCCAAUUCUUGGAUUGAAAUGGCCUGUGUUCCUGACUCCAUUUUUUAUUGUAGUAUAGAACCGCUCAGGACACAAAAUAUCAUAUGUUGAUUACUUUUCAGGAAUAGGAUAUCUGGUGCUAUUAUACCUUGUUUUGGAAAUCCUAUUUGGAAGUCUAUGUAUUGAGGAAAAAUGUUUGGGGUACUGAGGAGAAACAUCAUUUGAAGCUUGGCAUUUACUUAGAAUGCAGCAAAAAGUUGAGAGUUCAUUUGCCUUGAUAAGUAGUAUUGCUGUAGCUUUUACAUACUUGAGUUGGAAGAGGGAAAAGGCAUUUGCAGUUGUAAGGGGAAAGCCAACCUUUUGUUUUAGUGUUGAGGAAAUUCGAUAUCCCAGUGGAAUGGAGAUUUGCUGUGUCUGCCAAUAAGAUUCAUGACAGGUCAAUCAAAGGAGACAGGAAGCAAAAGCAGGGGAGGUUUUUUCUUUCUUUUUUCUGGGUGGUCUUGUUCUGUUUCUAGUUUCUGCCCUCUGUGAUGAAGCCAUCGAUGCUGAUAUGGACUAACAUGAUCUCAAGUGGUUUGGAGAACCAGCAUCAGUCUGCUGCAGUGGCAAAAAUUUCAAAGCCGGAGUUGUUGACCUGCCAGGAAUGAAGGCAGAGGCUCUAUGUAGUGGUGGUGGGGUGAGGGGACGUGAAAUCCUGGAGUGCCGGAUUCUCACUCACCAGAAAGGGUCAAGACUGGGUUGAUUAAAGGUGACAGAACCUAGUAAUAGAUGAAUGGAAAGCUAGUUAUUCUAUUCAAUUUUGUUGAGGCUGCUUUUGAUCUCUUGGUCUCAUCUUUAGCUGCAGAAUCCUGCAUGUAUAUGGACUGUAGUAUAGGUAUGUCUUUGGCCCUUUGUGCUAGAUAGCUAGGCUCUCUUGCUCUGUCGUCUCCACUUUGUAGGAAGUAGGCAAAAUCUGGGAUUGGUAUGGUCGUCAGAUUCUCUCAGGUGUUGAGUGGUAGAGGACUUAGGAGGAGAAUGACGAUGAUCCUCACUUGCUCAGUAAGCACCAGCAAUGUAACAUAUUUUGUUGUGUCCGAGUUUGGGGCUUCAUAUUUUGUUCAGC